AUGGUAUCCCGCCCCGUCAUAAGAAAAGCCUCGUACCAACCCGACAAUGCCAAUAGUGCUCCGGCCACCGGGGAAACCAGCGCAGAUGAGGAAAAGCGACUCGCGGAGAAGUUCCUCAUACACAGGCGUCUAGUCCCGCUAGUCUCCCAGAACGAAGAUGUCCUCUUCCUCAAUGCGGCAUCAGCGCCACCUUCAAACUUGAUUGUCCACGAGGCUAUCACGAAGUACUCAGCAGACGCGCUAUACGGUCCACAUCCACACCCUAAAUGGCGCGAAACAAAAGAAGACGCGCGACGCCUCCUCGCGCGGGUUCUCAACGCCGAAGCCCCCGAAACUAUCGCGUUCACGCGCGAUACGACGGAGGGUCUGGGAAGCUUUAUCCGUGCCGCGGCUGCGACGUUUAGGGCUGGUGAUAAUGUUGUGGUUGUUGAUAACGAGCAUCCGAAUCUCGCGUAUGGGUUUUUAGUGCUUCGGGAUGCUGGGGUGGAGGUUAGACAGGUGCCGACGAUAGCCGGGGCGGAGCGAACGGGGAGGGUUGAGGCUGUUACUGCGGAGACUUUGAGGCCGUUUGUUGAUGAGAGGACGCGCGCGAUUGGGAUUAGUUCGAUUUCGUUUGAUGGGGGGCAGUUUAAUGAUGUGAAGGGGAUUUGUGCUGCGUUUAGACAUCGGGGGAUUCAUGUGCUUGCGGAUGUCUCGCAGCAUGUGGGGAUUGCGAGGAUUGAUGCCCAGGAGUUGAGGAUUUCGGCCGCGGCGUUUAGUUUGCACAAGGGACUCAAUUGCCCAACGGGCAUCGGCGCAUUAUACGUCUCCCCUGCAGCAUUCGCCGAGAUAGGAGACCCUAUACCACCAAUUGUUAAUAUGGCCGCCGUGAGGAACAUGAACGAAAAUUUAAUCGUGCGAGCCGAUGAGCCGGUUGACAUGUUCCCGGAUGCGCGACGCUUCGAACAUGCCAACAUGAGCCUGGCAGGCGUUGUAGCCGCAGCUGCUUUCACACGCUUCUACCUUGAUGUGCUGGGACCCGCGGACGUCGAGGCCCAUUUGUACAACCUUACGGAUUUCCUCGGUAUCGAGUGUGAUCGCUUAGGGAUUAAAAUCCUAAGCCCACGUGAUAGGGAUAAUCGCGCGCCGCAUAUCUGCAUAUUGAAAUUGGAUCAGUGGGAAUGGGCGCCGUAUGUAAAGGGGCAUGAAGGCGCAGUCUUCACGGUUAAUCGCCUAGGUAUUCGUGUCUCAUUUGGAUUUUUUAAUUCAUUCGAGGAUGUCAGGAGGCUGGUGCAGGCACUAGAGCAGGUAGUAGCUAGAGGGCUGCAUGUGUGA